CCUCCGAGGAGCCGCAGCAAUGAAGGCACUAAUGUUCACCCUCCUCUUCCUCCUCAUUGCAGCCAAUGAAGCCAAAGUAUUUAAAAAAUGUGAACUGGCUUCACUACUGAAAAAAAGUGGCAUGGAUAGCUCUACCGGCUAUCCCUUGGAGAACUGGAUCUGUAUGGCUUAUCAUGAGAGUAGAUACAACACCCAAGCUGUCGGGCCACCAAACACAGAUGGCAGUCUUGACUAUGGGAUCUUCCAGAUAAACAGCCGCUAUUGGUGCAACAAUAACCAGGGCCCUACAGCUAAUGGCUGCAACAAGCCUUGCAGUGGACUGCCUGGGUGAAACAUUGCAAAGGAAAAGAACUGUCAGAAUGGACUCGUGACUGCCAGCUGUGAAAUUGAUGAUCCUGCAUUUCUCUUCCUCCUCCU